AUGUACUUUACAAAGCAGCUACUUCUUGUGUCUUCAUCAGCUGCCAUACAUUUGGAAUACCUGUACAAUGCCCAAGGACACAAUUUGGACGGAAUUGGACGGUUCAUGAUUUUCUUGCGAUGCCUAAAUGUCCUCAGUGGGUAUCGCACUACCCGCCUCCGAUGGAUUUUCCUCAUCCGGGCUAACCUACCGGUUCCGAUACCGUUGGCCAUAUGGACGCAGUUUCAACCAAAACCUCAGUUCCUCUUGAUCAAGGUCCUGGUCUUGAUAUUUAUCUGCAGUGUCGUUCGCCAUGUCAAAACACAGUGUUUUCCAACCCCUGAUGUCACUCCGCGCCCAACUGAUCCUCAACUACCUACAUUACCCGGCGAUUUUGAAACUCGCGUAGAGGCAAAUAUUCAAGACAAGGGGUUUUCAAUGACAGCGAGGGAAUAUUUCAGUGAUUUAGAGAAUAAAGCCACUGUGAAACUUAUCCGAGACGGUGACAUCACCACCCUUUUAUUUGACUAUGCCAACAAUCAGCUGUUCUAUGUUAAAGAUAAUCGGUGCCAGAUCGGCAAUCUGUCUGCGGAUCCUAACACGAUGCUGUUUGGUGAUGAUAUGGUGAAGGGAGUUCCCCACAUAGUAACCACUCGCGCUGCCUUGCAUUUCCUCAAAUCUAAUGGUCAGGUAUACAAGGGAACGGCGGUGGUGAGGGGUAUUACGACUGACCACUGGCAGACGUGUCUUCAGUGGCCAAAACUCAACUCUACAUUUAUUCUCGAUUAUUAUUUUACAACAACAUCGUGGGUAGACCCAGUGGCAUUUCCACAGAUUCCCGUCAGAGCUGUUGCCACGGGUACACAGAUACUUGGUUCUGGUAGGGCGGUCAACUUUACUCACACGUACGAGUACGUUGACUUCUGGCCUCAGAUCACAACUGAUUCGAAUGUAUUUGAGACUCCGAACGGCGUGAUCUGUUUUGGAAGAGUGAAAACCAAACCUGUACCGACACUGUCUACUAAAUAUCACUACCGUACCGAGAUUAUCACCUCUGAGGAGGAUUCAAUUGUCACCUCUGACGUGUGGUAUGACGACGAUUAUAAGUUGGUUCGUUAUGACUAUAAAAACUUGAGCCCGAUACCACCAGUUUACACUAUGAAUCCCCUGACGGAAAUACACGACUUCAACACAGGUGUGAGGUAUAUCCGGGACCAGAUUUCCGGCAACUGUACCAUUCUACCGAUCAGUACCUCAUCUUUUGAUUCGUAUGAAGCUCACGGAACAUUUUCAGCAAACAGCAGCAAAAUAGUACACUUGAAAAACCCGAUGCAGCUCUUUUAUUUGGAUGACAGCUACGCGUAUGUUGGAACAAAAAAAGCCCGAGGAGUCUUAUGUGAUGUGUUUUCAUCCUUCCGUACUGACUUCAAGAUUUCCGGAGUCAAAGCCAACGCCACUUUUGAAUAUUACUUUCUGACGAAAAUAUAUACAGAACAUCCUGAUGAUGGUAGUACCAACCCUGCUGACAUUCCAUAUAUGUUAAUAAUCUACUUGACGUCCUUUGGAGACAUGUCGGUCAUCUACAAUAUCCUUGAUUUUGACAAUGGUCAUCCGGACAUGUCCGUGUUUGAUGUGACGUCAUGUUAUUCUAACCAGUCCAGUCUCCAGUUCAAGGUUAGGUUUCCAGGCUCCUAUUCGCCUUACACAAAUCUGCAAAUUAAACAAGGAGCUCAAAGUGCGUUUGUUCUGAAUGCGAACGUGUCGAAUAUCCGAAUACAGAAUGUUCAGCUGCAGUAUGAUUACUCCAAUGUUUACGUCAUCGCUACUCUCCUGGACAGGUCACCGCCAUCUUCGCAGUUUACUUUGGUGUCGAGGAAAUCUAUAGAACAGGUAGGGGACCAGACUUACGGAUACGUGGGCAAUGUAAAGGACUGUGCCCGGUACUGUAUAGAGAGUGUCGACUUCGUCUGUAAUAGUUACGAGUGGUGUAGUGGUGACCAGGACAACAACUGUCGUCUCAGCAGACGACAUAUCGGGGAUGGAUCCGUCUUGCACGAGAGCACGUGCGAUCACUACUCCAGAACAGUGAACGGUCCGUUAGUCAGGGAGAUUGAUGUUUACCAAGCAUACACCAAUCUCCGUCAAGCCGUGUACAACAACAUGCUUCAAGUACCAGCUUACGAGGCAGACAUGACGACUACAUAUUACGAUGCAGUAGAUAUUGAAAUCCUCUUUGGCUGGUUAUCACCAGAUCCAUUCCCGGCUAUAGAUAGCCAAUUUUCCUAUUUGCUGGAAAUCGUUGUACCUGAUGUUCAGAUGGCAUAUGAGGCACAUAUCUGGUACGACUAUACAUACAAACUUGUGCGGUAUGACAUGGCUACGUCACCACCAGGCGGCAAAUUUAACACGGGGAAUCCGAUGUCAUAUAUAAACGAUUUCAACACAGGGUUAUCUUACACUAUUGAUAAGACUUUUGGAAACUGCAGUAUUACACCCGUCCUUAACAACACCUUUGAUUCCGACCCCAAUAGGAGAGAUGCUCUCAAAAACGGCGCUUAUGUCGUUCAAAUGAAGAACCCUUUAGAAUUCUUUGAUGUCGACAACGUCUAUAAAUAUACUGGACAGAAAACUAUCCGAGGGAUUCUGUGUAUAGUUUUUGAGACAAUUACAGAGGAAUUCCGGCUACAAGGCGUGUCUGCAAAGUUCACAAGUCGUCUUCAGUUCUACUUUGCCUAUGACGUUUGGAAGACCACACCAUCUGGUAGCAGCAUUCCUGUACAGUCACAGCCCAUACGAAUGGAUGUCUCGUCAGAGGAGAUUGGUUUGUUUCUAACCUACAAUUUCUUCGACUUUAACUUACAAGAUCCUGACCUCACCAACUUUGACAUCACACCCUGCUUCGACGGAGCAGGCAAACGCGAGUUCUUAAUUAGAUUUCCAGGUUCAUAUCAUCCUACUCUGGAUGAUAAUGCAAAGGUUUUCCUGAAGACAGCACAGAUCCAGCUAGCAGAAGCCUCGAUGGCAUCGCCCAUUCGUUUCCAACGGACAGAACUGACUUAUGAUACAAAUUACAUCUAUCUUAUAGGAACUGUUGUCAACGUGGCUCCUUUUAUUGUUGACUUUACAAAAACCUCGUCAAAAUCUAAUCCACAUAGAAGCGAUGCCACUUAUACACAAGUCAAGUCCGAGAGCGACUGCGCAACUAUGUGCCGAGCAGAGAGUAAUUUCCCCUGUGAGAGCUUUGACUACUGCAGCGCCACAUCUACCUGUCUUCUUAGCAAAGAGCAUAUAGACGACGGCCCUCUUCUCACGUCAAGCACAAUCUGUGAUCACUUCUCGCGUACUGUGAAUAGCACUGAUAUGGUGCAGCCAAGUUUAGAUGUCGUUAUGAUGAAGCUGAAUGACGCUGUGUACAAAGGGUCAUUCCAGAUCCCUGUACUGGUCGGCGAUAACACAACGAUAUACAUUGCUGACAAAAUCAGGGACAACUUAAUAAGGGCAAAUAGGGAUCCGACAUCAAGUCAGGUCCUAGGUCACUUCAACGUAGCAAAGAACAACAUCCUGGCAGUGAAACAUACAGAUUAUGUGGCUGGGAUUUCGGUGGACGAAUGUGCUGAUGCUUGCCUUACAGAGAUGACAUAUGACUGUCUGUCCUUUGAUUUCUGCUACAAGACUGGAGACUGUCUGUUGUAUAAAGUGCAUCCGGACGCUCAACCGACAUCUCUGUCUCCUCACGAUUUCUGUGAUUUAUACUCCCGUACCUAUCUGGACAGAUACACCCCCAGUCCAGGUAUGGUCAUUCCUGUUCCGGCGGAUAAAGAGACAGACGGGAUCAAUUCGGACAAUUUGUGUGCAAAACAAUGUUCGCAAUACGAAGCUUUCCCCUGCAAGUCAUUCGAAUACUGUUCCAACACCAGGAGCUGCCUUCUGAUGAAGAAACAUCAAUUGGAUUUCCCUAGCAACUCUCUAGUUUCCAAUCCUAUUUGCUCAUUUUACACCAGAAAUUAUCUAGACGAUUUCCAGAAGAAGUCUCGGUCCACCAUGACCUUUGGUCACUCACUAGACUACACUGACGUGACGGUGGACAAUUGUGCAAAGCUUUGUGUGACGACAGAGGCGUCUAAUUGCCAAAGUUUUGCUUUCUGUAACACCACCUCUCUGUGUAGACUGACCAGUAACCAUCCUCUUCAGAAGGGAGUCCAAGUGAGACAGGACGUGUGCGAUCUUUACAUAAGUAGGUACCGCCAUUAUGAUCAAACAUGCGCCAUGGCUGGUGUAGCCUUUGGAGUAUUCCUUCCGGGACUUGUGAUUGGGGCUGUUAUAUCAUACUUCUUCCGGCGGAGACAGGAAUUAUCAGGAGAACAAAUUGAUAUGCAACCCAUCGUUAAAGACUGA